AUGCAGCGGCUCGAGUGUCACGUGAAGAAGUAUAACUGGGGUAAACGAGGCACAGAAAGCGAAGUGGCGCGACUGUUCGCCGCCGGGCACAAGAAUUUUGUUGUAGAUGAGGAAGAGACCUAUGCUGAGCUCUGGAUGGGUACCCAUCCCGAUGGUCCCGCAAUGCUGUCAAACUCAGGAACCCGACUUUCAUCUUUCAUCGCCAAAAGCCACUCAGCAGGUUAUUUGAGUAAUAACAAUUGGAAGGAGGAUAUACACUUACCUUUCAUUAUGAAAGUCAUGUCUAUAGCUCGAUCACUCAGCCUUCAGGUCCACCCCACUAAGGAACAGGCUGUCCGGUUACAUGAACGGGAUCCAAUUCACUACCCAGAUCGGCAUCACAAACCUGAACUUGCAUAUGCACUCACACAGUUUGAAUUAUUAUGUGGAUUCAGGCCAGCAGAUGAAAUUCUGGCAAAUAUUGAAGCUUUUCCUCCAUUACGAUACGUUAUGGACAGUCACAACUGUGAGAAUUUGCGGGAUGCCCUAGACAAAGAAAAGAACCCAUAUUCACUCAAAUGCCGGCAGGCUCUAGCUGCUUUACGCGGUUGUCUUACUGAAGCCACCGUCGAAGUGAUUCAAAAGAUGUCAGUGGAUUUCCCUGGCGACGUUGGCGUAUUUUCCCCAUUGAUUCUGAAUCAUAUGAUUCUGAAACCGGGCGAGUGCUGCUACUAUGCAGCGGAAGAGUUGCAUGCCUACCUGAGUGGAGAAUGCGUGGAAUGCGUAGGUUGCUCGAACAACACAAUCCGAGCAGCCAUGACCCCCAAAUUUAUCGACAGGGAUGCACUCUGCGAGGUCCUCAACUACCGUAUGACGCCACCAGAAGACUACCUCGUACCAGCCACACCUCUUGCUGACUACCCUGGAGUUGAUGAGUAUUCACCGGAUUGCAAAGAUUUCCAGCUGCACAGGAUUCGGGUGCCAUCGAAUACUUCCCAAGCAUUCCUUCCCGUUUUGGACUGCGCCUCCAUUAUGGUGAUAGUUGAAGGUUCGGCAGAACUUGAAGAAGGCCAAUCAUCCGUGCGUCUCAAGACUUUGGAUUGUCGCGAUAUCUCACGCGGUGAUAUAAUCUACAUUCCUCCCGGUCGGAGGUUAAGAUUUACUCGAUGUACUGAACAACUUGAAGCUUUUCGCACAUUCAGUUAUGAAAUCGGACCUGAUCAUGAAAAUCGGAAAGUAGUGAAGGCACAACUAGGGUAA